AUGCGUUCUGGAGCUCUCGUCACCCUUCUCGCAGUCGCUGCUUCCGUUGUGACAGCCACUGAGCCCGACACUGUCACACAAACCGCCACCACAACUCACACUCUCACCGUCACUCGCUGCGGCUCUGCUGUCACCAACUGCCCUGCCAGCAAGACGUCCAUUGCCGUCACCUCAACCCCAGUCCAGACUUCUGUGGCUCCUCCAUCUGUGUCUAGCUCUACUUUCUACCCGGCUUCCAACACCACCGUUCCUGUUGUCCCAACGGGAACUACCCCCGGCCAGGGAACUACCACUGGACCCGUCGUCGUCCCGACCGCUGCCGCUAAUGGCCUCCAAGCCAAGACCGGUGCUGUUGCUGCUGUCGUUGCUGCCGUCAUCGCCAUGGCCUACUAA